UGCCGUUUUGCUGCCAUUCAUUUUCAAACGAUUUUUACCGUUUGUUGUUUGAAAUCUUCUUUGUGAAUUUGUUAGAACUCGUCAAUACAUUUACUCGUAUAAUUAACAUUUUAUUUCAUUUUAAUUUAUAUUUUAAGUUUAUUUAUAAUGACGUCAAUCAAAGAAGAUGAAAAGAAAGAGAUUCCUGAAAUUAUCCGUGAUCCUCAAACACAUUGCGCUUACCAAAGAUUGAGAUUCUUUGGAAAGGGUGGAUUUGCAAAAUGCUACGAAAUACAGGACCAGGCCACACACAAAGUGUAUGCCGGCAAAAUAGUGUCAAAAAAACUGAUGGUGAAAUCAAGCCAAAGAGACAAAAUGUCCCAAGAGAUCGACAUACAUCGCUCACUGAGGCACAAACAUGUUGUUGGCUUCCACAGCUUUUUUGAGGACUCCCAGAACAUCUAUAUCAUACUGGAGCUCUGCAAGAGAAGAUCUAUGAUGGAGUUGCACAAGCGUAGGAAAGCUAUCACGGAGCCAGAGACCAGAUUCUACAUGCACCAGAUUUUAUUGGGAGUCCAGUAUUUGCACAGCCAAAGGAUCAUACACAGGGAUCUCAAACUCGGGAAUCUGUUCCUGGAUGACGAUCUUCACGUUAAGAUUGGGGACUUUGGCCUUGCGGCUAAAAUUGAAUAUGAAGGAGAGAGAAAGAGGACUUUGUGCGGUACACCCAACUAUAUCGCACCAGAAAUAUUGACAAAGACUGGACACUCGUUUGAGGUUGACAUCUGGAGCUUGGGCUGCAUCAUGUACACUCUGCUGGUUGGGAAGCCACCCUUCGAGACCUCUACCCUGCGUGACACUUACAAGAGGAUCAAGCUGUGUGAAUACAGGAUCCCAUCGUCUCUUCGCAAGCCAGCAGCGGCUAUGAUAGUGCUGCAGCUGCAAUCCGUCCCAGCGAAGCGUCCGCCAGUCGACAAACUGCUCCAGCACGAGUUCUUCACAUCGGGCAUCAUGCCUGCUGCCCUGCCUUUAUCUUGCCUCACCACCGCUCCCAGGACCGACCAGCUUGAGGGUCUCAGCUUACACAGACGACCGCUCUUUGAAGUCAGGAACAAUGAGAACAUUAUGGCAGUAGAUUCACCGAUGAAGCGCGGGCCCGGCAUGCCGCUGGAGUCGCACUCCGUGGAGCCGCAGUCGCACCGCCAGAACCUCGUGUCGCUGCGAGACCAGCUCCACCGUCUACUCAGCCUGAAGUUAAAGAACCGUCCCGAGUCCCUGAAGGACGAUAUGAGCGACCCGUCGUCGCAGCCGCUGGUGUGGGUCGGCAAGUGGGUGGACUACAGCGACAAGUACGGCUUCGGCUACCAGCUCUGUGACGAGAGCGUCGGCGUCAUGUUCAACGACACCACCAAGCUGAUCAUGCUGGCUAACGGAGUGAAUGUGCACUACAUCAACCGCCAAAGCCAAGAACAGUAUCUGACCAUGCAAGAGUAUCCCCAAGAGCUUGACAAGAAGAUGAAACUACUCACCUACUUCAGGCGAUACAUGACUGAGCAUCUUAUGAAAGCUGGCGCCUCGAUCAACGUAAGAGAGACUGACGGGCUGUCGAGAUUGCCGCACUUGCACCAGUGGUUCAGGACCAACGUCGCCGUCAUCAUGUACCUGACUAAUGGAACUUUACAGAUAAACUUCCAAGACCACACGAAAAUCAUCCUCUGCCCAUUGAUGCAAGCAGUGACUUACAUUGACGUGGACAAGAACUUCCGAACAUUCCGGUUCAGCACCAUUGAGGAGCAUGGCUGUGACAAAAAGCUGUACGAAAACUUACAAUAUGCUCUGGAGAAACUGAACAGUGUUUUGGACAACAAACUGAACCUCCAGCUGCAGUAAAUUUACAGUAUUUGAUGAUUCAAUGUGUGUAUGAUGAUUAAAUGAAUUCAUUUCUAGUGUAAAAGACAAUGGGAGAGAUAUUUUUUGGACGGCAUAAUGCUAUUGUGCGACAUAAAAGAGUACAAGUUAAUAAAAGUGGAACUCAUAAACUUGGUGUGGCAACACCACACUUACUGUCAUUAUAGAGCAACCAAAAAUUAUUGAUAGUUUUAUCAGAUUAUUAAAAUAAUAGUGGAAAUUCGGUUAAUUACCAGAUAAAUUAAAUCUUCAAUCUCAUCUCAUUUAGAUGAUUUUAUCAAAGUAAAUCAUCUAAAUGAGAUGACUUUAAUAAAAGUAAAUAAUGAAAUCAGCUGUCUUAGCACCUAUUACACAUGCUUACUUCUAGGCCAGAGUGUAUUAUUUUUAUUAUUAUGUAUUUGUUUAUAUUAGAAAAUAAUAAUAAUUUCAACAAUUAUCUUGUUUAAAAUAAGUACAUAACAUUACCUAUGUAUACUCAGAGGCUCAAUUAUCCUAAAUCAAAAAUAAUUUAUUUCAAGUAGGCUCAGUUUACAAGCACUUUGACACGUCAGUUGACUAUUUGUAAUGAUUCUACUACCGGUUCUGAAGACAGGUUCUGCUGAGAAGAAACUCAAAAGUAGCUCUUUUAAAAAAAUCCGCCCAGUUUAAUAUACUCGCGUCAUAUUAAAGUGAGUAUAUAUAAUGAAAUGUCAAUUAUUAUCUAGUUUCAAGGUAUUUACAAUCCCAAGUGGAUGACAGAACACAGGGUUACCCUAUGAACGACUACAGCACUCUCAUUUAUUUUCAACUCUUUUACGUCGCACUAUAGUGUAAAAGACAAUGGGGAAGAUAUUUUUUGGAUGGCGUAAUGCUAUUUAUUUAUAUUGAUGUUGUUUUUUAUAAUUGCAAGCUCUGAAUACUUUACUGGGUUUAUUUAAACAACAUUCAACCCUAAUUGAGGUAUAGAUUUCCUAAUACAUAACUUUAUUGACAAUGAGCCUCAAAAGCCUAGUUUACCCCAUAUGUCAUUCAUUUUUGUCAUGGCAACCAAGGCAUAUUUACAUAAUUUAAUUAAUUAUAAAUCUAUAACGGACUGUAAUGCAAUGUCUAUAAAACUAUUUACCCAAUGUUACAAACGUACAAAUACUUUAGGUUGUAGAAUGUUACAACAAAAUAGACUUUUAACUGACAUGUACUGAAAAAAAAAUGUUUACUAAACAUCGAUCGAAACAGCGACCAAAAAACGUCCCCACUCAAUGAGUGCUGAACACAACUUCUUGGCACUCGAUUGAAGUAGUCGCAUUUGCAAAUUCAACCUUAAACUCAAUCCUUAGGGUUGAAUUUGCUCUGAAUUUGGGAUUUUAUUGAAUAUUGACUUGGACUAUAUUUAAAGGCCUAUAGGUAUAAUUUUCUUUACCAAUAAUUCUAAAACUGUCAAAGCAAAAUUGGCCAGUUUUUAAGUGAAAUUUUAUACAUGAUUGUCCUUUUAUUAUAAGAGGUCAACGCAAAAAGAGGGAUGUUAUAAGUUUGACGUCUGUCUGUCUGUGGCACCAUAACUGCCGAACAGAUAGUGUUUUUUUUUUUAUUAAUGGUGACUUAUGUGCGAGUGUCCUUUUAGAAAUCUUUGAUGAAAAGCGGUUGAGCUGUUGUGGGGGUUGAACAUGGGUAAGAAUAACUGAAUGUCUGCAAAUAUACUCAAGUGAGGUAGGUAUAUUUGCAGGCAUAGUAAAUGAAAACGCACUGAAAGAGAAUAAUGAUCUCUUAAUUGAAAGUGUUCUUAGCUUCGUUUGAUGAGAAAAUUGGGACAUGAAAAUUAGGCAAUCAGCGAUUGUUCAUAUUGUAAUAAAAAUGAACAAUUUUCUUUGAUCCGGCUCACGUAUGUCAUAGAAAUAGAAUUUCUGUCAUCAAUCAUCAUCUAAGAUAAUUUCAUGACCUUCAGGGGUUAAUUCCAAAUUUCAGCCAAAUCCAGCCUGUCAUAUAUCCAUACAUAAUAAUUAUACAAAUUUUCGCGUCUAUAACAUGGCAGCCACUGACGAUCGGCAUGAUGUCAUGCAAAUCGCGACCAACACAGCUUUAUUGGCUGUCAAAUCGUUAGCGCUACAGGCAUGUGAGCGUACUUGAUCGUCAGUGGCCGACUUUACUGGAAUCAAUCUCAACACGUUAAUGUUGUUUCGCUCCUUUAUAUAAAUAUUAACCCAAACUAGAACAGUUAAAAUGUUUACAGGCAUGCUUUUUCCUAGUUAUUAAUUAUUAUUAUUAUUUAUUAGAGCUAUUUUCUGAAUCAUUUUGUUUCAACACAGUUUUCCUUUCUGUUUCUACUUACGUUUAUUUUUAGUGAUUUAUUAUAUUAACUACUUUUGAUCAUAAUUGACUUGAUUGAAUUGUAACUUUUCGUAAAUAAAUCACUUUCAAAAGAUUUCUUGCGUUUUGUAAGCACAUUGUACUUUUAACAAAUAUUAUGUGGCAUUUGAACAUUAUCUGUGAGAGGUUGCGAAGCAAUGGUUUGUUGGUAAACGGGUUCCUAUGCCACACGCCUCCUGCAGUAUCUUUUAGUUUACGCUAAGGCUAUGCUGUAUUGCUGCAUAUUCCUAUGAAGUUAAACCAAUACCAACUUGACUGCAUCUCAGAUCAAGUCAAGCAUUAACUCUGUGAUAAAAAGUCUCCCUAUUUUCACUACCGGGCCAGACAGGUUAUGAAGCUUCGAAGUAUACACAAUUAUUAAUAGACUUGUCAUAAAAUGCAUGUCACAAUUAUUUAUAUUCUUGUAAAAAUUUAGGACAUUCUGUUUAUGCUUUAGCUAUUAGUGGCAAUUUAAUUUCAAAAACCUUUGUAUUUGUACCAUUAGGUCAUCACAUAGUAUGACUAUAAUAUGUGCCUUUAGGACAGUGAGUAAUUGCUUCUGUGACAUUAAUUAUUGUGAAGUAUAGCUUGGCAUAUGCGUUCGUAACGAUACCCCGCGAGGAGGGUAGCGAUGUUCCGCGCGCACGACUACAUACCCGCGCAGUCCUUCCCUCAGCCUCGCGCGUACGACCUCACACCCGCGCAGUCUUUUCCUCCGUCGCCACUCUUUGGUUGUGAUGGGUCGAAAAAGCAAUAUGUAGACGUGUAUCUUGAACAGAAACAUCUCACUGUCGUAGAAUAAAUAUUACUUAAUACAUUCAAAAUUUUAGUUUUCAUAUUUUGUUAGUUUGACGAUACCUAAGAAAUAUUUGCACCAUGACUUAAAUGGCUGGAUGCAAAACAUUGAUUUGUAUUGUUUUAUUUAGUUUUAUAGUUAUUUUUAACAAUUUCCUUGCUUCAAUAGCAUCAUAUGCCUAUAAGAAAUAUAUGAAUUAUAUUUUCAUGGUGAGAUUUUUAUAUAUAUGUAUACUUCUUACUGUCUUGAUUGGAUUUCAAUGUGUAAAUCUUUUUUCCAUCAUGGAAUCAUCAAAUAUUUAAUUAUAAAAGCUAUAAAUAUAUUUUUUAAUAUAUUAUACAAUUAACAAUAUUAUUAUGUAAUAGUUUUAAAUUGAAAAACAUAUAUUAUGUAUUUUAUAACAAAAAUAAUUUCUCAGUAUUACAAAUUGAUGCUCUUGAAGCACUGUAGGUUUGUUAGUAGUACAUUUCUCUAUGAUGUGUUAGAAUUGUGAACAUAUCAUUUGACAAUAAACUUAAAAUAAAAAAAAAA